AUGUCCAACAACACUACAGUAGGUCCAACACUAUACUUUGACAAGUUGGAUCUGAGGAUUGAGAGUUUGUCAAUAUCCAAUGGAUCACAAGUCUACUUCAACAUCACAUCAGAUCUGAUACAUCCAGGUUUAGAUAACAAUGCCUACUAUGAUGAUGGUUAUCGAACUGCCAAGUUAAUACAAAUACCAAUUGCUCCCCCAUACAUUGAUAACAUCACAUUGAUAUCGCCUGAUAGACUAUUGAUUGAUGGAGGUAGCUUUGGAACAGCGGCCAGCAAUAACAAUAGUUCGAAAAAUGAUCUUGUGGUCACUGUGGAUGGACAUUCAUUGCAAGCCAAUGUGGAGAUUGAUCAUAUGGUGUUGAACGCCACAUCGCGUAAUGUUAAAGGAGUGAGUCCACUUCUUUGGAAGAAUGCUGGUGUCAAGUCUGUUGUAGUAACAGUGUCCAAUGUUACUGGUGAACCAUUUGGAGUUAUUGUACAACCAGAUGUAUACAAAGUUACAUCAGCGGCAAGUGACCUAGGUGGAUUGGUUACAAUAAGCGGUUCUAGAUUGACUUUCAUGAGAUGGAAUCAGACAUACUCGAAUAUAUCAAUUCGCAUUGGUAAUGCUCAGUGUGAGCCUAGGACACCAACUACAUGGAGCGAGACAACAUUGGAGUGUUUGAUGCCAGCAUGGUCCAACAAAGUAUACAUCAACAGGACUAAUCUACCUGUGAUUGUAACUAUCGAUGGCGCCAACUCCAAUACCAACGUGACCUUCUCGUAUGAUGUCCCUGAGAUACUUGUGACCAAGGCCAUACAGCAUUUCAACAAGAUUGGUAUACUUGGACAGAGAUUGGGCGACUCAGCAAUGUGCAACUUGACCAGGGUAUACUUGUGGAACCAGACAGCCAUCCCAUCAUCCAUCAGAUUCCAAGGGACUGACAAACUAUAUCGAUCAGGAUUGGACAGACGAGUGCAAUUGGUCGAGUUUGAUAUUUCCGAUCAGACUCCUGUUGGUGUAGAGAUGAGCUUGUCAUUGCAGUACCGUGGUGUCUAUGCGACCAACUACAUGGCCUUGGUGAUCAAACCGAUCAUCACCAACAUAUCAUCGCCGCCAGUGACAGGAGGAGAGCUAUCCAUCCAAGGAAUGUUGUUCAACUUCAAUGUCCAGGAGGUCAUCAUCAGUCCACUUUGCCACAAUGUCACCAGAGUGAGUGCGUCGUUGGUAACAUGCUUGAUGGGACCAGGUGCUGGAGGUAAUAAUACACUCAACAUGACGGUCCAAGGAGGUGUGACAGUGUCUGCUCAAGGUACAUUCAACUACCAGUCACCAACUAUACAUGGAUGUAAAUGUGAGAGCAUUGAUCAUCAGACAGGUGUGCGAUCGGUCAACAUUGAAGGUGAUAACUUCCACAGUGACAACAUAACAGUGAUGAUUGGUGGACAAGUGAACUGUUUGAAUAUCACUGUAAUCGAUGCUACACACCUUACAUGCAUGAUACCAUUGGACAGUAUACCUCAGCCAACACCAAGAACAUCGCAAUCUGUGAUUGUAACAGUCAGUAAUCAAUCAUCAAACGUUAUAGAUAUAUUCAAGUACAUCGACGAUGAAGAUGUUGUGAUCAAUCCAAUCAUUGACAAUGAUAAUUCGACAUUGAAAUGGGUGAUACCCAUUGGAGUUGUUGCAGUUCUACUUAUCACAGGUACAUUUGGUUAUCUAAGUUACAAACUGAUACAUCGCAACAAGAGGAUCAAUGCUGUGAAGAAGUUCAUGCAGUCAUAA